AUCAAAUCUAAACGAUCAAUUGUAACUCCUAACCAAUCGUCCCCUACACAUACCAUCUUCUGCUGCUGUAUCGCAAGUGAAUCCCACUCUGGGAAGAUAUGGUGAGAGAAGUGGCAGAAAGCUGUGUGGAGAGUUUGAUGGCGGAGAUAGUGUCGUCCUACUGCCAGGGCGUCUAUGCUAACAAGCCCGAGCUCGCUGCCCCAAGGAUCGAAGCCAUUGGCUUCCAGGUCGGCCAUCGACUUUCUGAGAGGUACACAAUGGACAGACCAAGGUUCACGGAUCACCUGGAGGCCAUUAAGUUUAUUUGCAAGGACUUUUGGUCCGAUCUCUUCAAGAAGCAGAUUGACAAUUUAAAGACAAAUCAUAGAGGAACUUUUGUAUUGCAAGAUAAUCGGUUUCGGUGGCUGGCACAUAUGUCGGUUGAUCCAUCAGUGGUAACAUCUGGUUCUAUUCAAGAUCCUUCAGCAAUGGCAGAAAACGAAGCUGCACAAGCAACUGGCCUGCAUCUCUACUUUCCUUGUGGCAUUAUAAGGGGAGCACUUUCAAACUUGGGAAUACCAUGUGCAGUUUCUGCAGAUAUCGCUAACCUCCCUGCAUCAAGUAAACUUAAGCCAUUCACGCCGAGAUAUUUCAUGUCUGGUUCAUCCCUGAUGUUCGUUUGUGGUCCGCAUCAAAGCCUGAUGCGCUAUUUUAAGGAGAUUGAGCCUCUGGUCUCCAUGCUUGUGUUUGUCAUUGUUUUCUCCCCUCUAAAAUUACAGUUCUAGCUUUUCUGGUGGUAAUGGGUAACUGUCUGCAGGGAUUUGCAUACAAAGAUGUGUUUCACAUCUGUAUUCUGUAUCUUUUUGGAAGUUGGAGUUUUGUAAAGCAUUAGUGAGAAGAUGCUUUUGGUUUUCAAAUGUGAAGGGAUUUUUGCAGCUAUAUUUAUAUUCGGUUUUGGUUGUAUGUUUUGUUUACGUGGUGACACGACAUUGUCUUGGACUUUUGCACUUUGAAACUGUAGAUUGACAUUUAUGGACCCCCGGUGUUUUUGAUGAUUUUGUAUGCUAAUACUGCAUAUUAGGAGGGUGCUUUAUUGAACAUAAUAAUUUCUUCAGAAAUUUCUAUUGGAAAGUUCUUUGAAGAAAAUGUUAAGGC